AACUGAAAGGUCAACACAUGCUACGCCUCAGGCUAGGCUCAACAUGAAAGCUAAGAUUGUACUACUUUGGAGUUUGGCAGUCUGUGUGUGUAAAAGCUUCCCAUCGGUGAGAGCUGAUUUUGUACUGACAGUCAACUUGGUCAACUACACCAACCCAACCGGACUAUGUGCUGAAUGUGCUAGUGUAAUACCAGUGUGCUGUGAUGAGCUACCAUUCAGAAACACCAACUGUACCAAUACAGGAGAGGAGAGAUGUGACACCAGGUUCCGUUGGGCCAUCAGACCAUUCGGAGCAUCACUGGAGACAAGACCCAGCAUGGGGUACUUCUUCACAGACUGUACAAUGUCCCCCAGCACUUGCCCAUUCAUUGAAAUGAGCAUAACAUUCGGUCAAGGUCCAACAGCACUACUGGGAGUAGCACACAAUCCUCUACCUGUUUCAAGAACAGACUUUAAUGUGUGGACGGGGCGAAUUCAGUUCUUUAUCGAAGCAUUGGACAGCGAACUCCCGAACAUAAUAGACAGUCUGUUGAUUGACCUGGACAACCUCCAACUUGGAGCAGACUUCACAGAGGAGAUGACGUUCACUGGAUUCCACAACAUAUCUCACAUGACCAUGAGUUUCAGAGUCGAGUGCUCUCCUGGUUUCUGUGGACCUGACUGUACCACCACACAUCAGAAAAAUCCACAAGUGGCGACAUGUCAAGAUGAUGGCACUCUAAGAUGUACUGAUAAUCGAUUAGACCCUUCACCUCUUGUAGCCUGCAGCGACUGCCUCUACAACCUGGAUAUUACUACUGGCUGCUCCACUUGUGUACAGACCAACUAUGACCCAACCACCAAUUGCACAGCCUGUCUUAAGUUUUAUGAUACACUAACAAACUGCACUCAAUGUCUACCCAACAGAGAUCCCUCUACCGACUGCACCCAGUGCCUACCCAACAGAGAUCCCUCUAUCGACUGCACCCAGUGCCUACCCAACAGAGAUCCCUUUACCAACUGCACCCAGUGCCUACCCAACAGAGAUCCCUCUACCAACUGCACCCAGUGUCUACCCAACAGAGAUCCCUCUACCGACUGCACCCAGUGUCUACCCAACAGAGAUCCCUCUACCAACUGCACCCAGUGCCUACCCAACAGAGAUCCCUCUACCAACUGCACCCAGUGCCUACCCAACAGAGAUCCCUCGACCGACUGCACCCAGUGCCUACCCAACAGAGAUUCCUCUACUGACUGCACCCAGUGUCUACCCAACAGAGAUCCCUCUACCAACUGCACCCAGUGCCUACCAGGCUGGGACAUCACCUCAGACUGCACUAGUUGCCUACCCAACAGAGACCCAGUCACCAACUGCUCCCUCUGCCUACAACCAGACAGGUUCACUGAUACAGACUGCAGUGUGUGUGCUCUACCAGGAGGGGACCCAGCAACACUCUGUCAAACAUGCUUGGAUAACUUCAAUCCUACCUGCACUGAGUGUGUGGCUAACUACGAUCUGAACAUUAAAUGCUCAAGUUGCCUGUUAGGCUAUGAUAGUAACCGUGACUGUGCAGUGUGUUUAUCUGGACGAAACAUAUCCACAAGAUGUACGACCUGUCUGUCUGGAUUCACUGGCAGUAACUGUGAACCUGACUCUUCACUAAGUGUGGGAGUGGUGGGUGGUAUCGCUGGAGGAGUGGGUGGAGUUUUGCUGCUCAUCAUUCUAGUAAUGGCCGUGCUCCUCAUCCUACUUACAGUCCAUAUCAGAAAGAGUGGUAACCAAGACAUCAGUACUGCCACUACUACAGAUAGGGAAGUCAUAGAAAUGAACCAAAAUCCCGUGUACAGUAUGAGUACAACUGAAACACCAACUACGGACCACGAAGCUAACCACACCCACCAGCACGAGACUGUGGACACACCCAUUGAAAUGAAUCAGAACCCUGUGUACAGUGCAACCAAUGCUACUAAUAUUGAAGCUGACUACUAUGAGAACGAUGGUCUGGGCCCAACAAGAAAUGAGCAGCAACCGGAAUACGAUUAUAUUCAAGUGUGAGUCAACAUCAAACAACUUAUUAUUAUUAUAGCUAUUAUGCACACAGACACGAGAAUAAACAUGUGUAAUGUACAUUAAUUACCACUGUGAUUACUAUAUUGACUAUACUAGGGAAGAAGAUCAUUCAACAUGCAUGGGUAUGAGCUCCUCUGAUGGCUUGGAUUGAAGAUCUUAGGAGUGAGAACGCAUGGGAAUACUCUAGCGCUGCUAAUGACAAUAAUAACUAGUAGUUCAUAUUUACACAGACACAAGAAUAAGUAUAAUUUAUUUGACUGUGAAGUCAAACGUGACUAUCAUGGAUCACCUUAUAAACA